AUGCUGGCUCCGAAUUUCCAGUUCACUGUCCCGACCGUCCCUCCCGUAGAAGAGGCCCCCACCUACUCUCCGGACCAGGUCCCCUCAUGCGGCGGACAUGGCACACUGGAGAUACUCGAGGUAACGCGGUUUCUGGAAGCGCAUGGGAUCGAAUGCUGCGUCGUAGGCGUGUCGGCGCUGAUAUUCUACGGUGCUGGGCGGGUUCGAGAUGAAUGGGAGCUCUGCGUCCCCGACGACAAGGUCCGUGAGGCCGUGUCUUUGCUUGCGUCCGGUUCCCUCGACAGAAUCCACCCCGUUCCUCCCCUCGCUAUACCGCAUCCUUCCUCGCUAUCGCACACCUACCACCGUUUCAAAGGGAAAGGCAUCCACUUCUACUUUAUUCUCGUCCCGGCCCAUGACGCUCAUAUCCCCGCCGCGCCCUUUCGUAUCCAGCGCAGCAUGAACGGGAUACCCUACCCGACAUUACAGGUGUUGAUGCAGAGCUUCCUGGAUACGAAUGACGAUGUCUCGCUGUGCGAUUGUAUUGACGGGUCGAAUGUGUCGGAGGAGUGGGGACGGCGGUACCUAGAUUUGGAGGGCAGUAAUGAUCUGGAAUGGGCGAAUCGGAUGAAUCAGCGGGCGAAAGAAGCUGCUCAAGGGAAAGGGUGGCUGUUUGUGCAUUAUUUCCCGACACAACGCAUCAAUCGACGAGAAAAAUGGGAGUCGCGGGUUCGCAGUAAGAAAGGCAGACUUGGCUGGACGACCCCGGACUCAUUAUUUGAUACACGAUUCCGUCUGAAGGGCUCGCCCGACCCGUGGACGCAGAAACUCAUGUCAUGCUAG